AUGGACGUGUGUGACAAAGACUGUCAAGAACCCGAUAUCAUCUGGGUAUGCUCUCACGCAGAUCAGAAUUCCGAAAGCGUCAUGGGAGUGAGAGAAAUCGAAAGUCGGAGUUGGCGCGAGCAACCACGAUCCAUAGCGAAUGUACUGAGCUACGCCGACGGAGAUUUGUUGGAGUCUGAGAAAGUCGCCGUGGAGGAAUGGUAUAGAAAACUAACGAGGAUCAACGCCAAGGUGACGUACCAACUGCAAAAAUUGUACUUAUUUAUGGAUGAACUCGAAGGCUUUGCACGUAUGCUAUCAACCAUUAAGGCUGAAUAUCUGAAAGGUUGUGGAACGAUCGCAUGUAUGUUAGAUGAGAGUCAAAUUAUUGGUGGUGACUUUCAAUUCGAUCCGCGUCGAGUUUUUGACACUAUGUUAGCGCUGAUUGGAAGUGAUUUUGAGCCUAAAAGUGCAAAUCAGCUUGCGGAGACGUGGGCAUUAUUAGUCCAGUGGCAUAUAGAGGAGCUAUUCGGUUUUCGGAUGUUACGCUGUGCUACUCGAGUUCAACGAAAAAAUCUACUUAGAAUGAUAACAGCAAUAUCGUCAUCGGAGUCACCGGUACCUAAUUACCGCGGUAUUGACAUCAGUACAAUAUAUCAUUACUUGUUUCCAGAUAACAAUAUUUUUACUACCAAGGCUUCAGUGGACAAAAGAAGUCUUCAUGACUCUAAAAUGGUUUUCUUAAACUCAAUUAGCAUCACGGAUGCAUUGACUACACUAGAAAGACCACUGCGACAACUUUUGAAACUCGGUGUGACUACUCACGCACUUCCGGACUUUCGUGCAAAUGUGUGUGUGCACAUCAAACAGGUUAUUGAAAGUGAAAUCCGCCUAAUGCACCGAGGACAGCUUCCAGCAGUCGUUCAAGCGGUUUUUUUUCUUGGUCCAAAUGUAUGUUGCCACAGCGUGUUGACAGAACAACUUCUUCGUUACUUGUUAUUCAUACUGGAAACCUCGGCAGACGACGUGGACUUGGUUGACGUCCUACUCUCGAAAUGUAUCAUGCCCGGUUUGGCACUUCUGAGACCUAAUCCUGUUUUAUGCGAUCUAGUGUGGAAAGUGCUUUGUUAUUUACCAUUCUCGAAGCGCAGUAAGAUUUAUGCAUACGCAACAGACGUCCGAUGUGUUACUCACAUGAAGAGAACAAAAGAAAGUGCCGCUCGAGCAAUCCAGAGAGUGCUAAGAAGACUUUCAAAUGAAAACGUAAAAGAUCUAGGUCGUAAGCUGGGUAAACUUGCCCUUUCUAAUCCAUUAUCAGUUUCAAGCGCAAUUUUACAACAAGUUCAAGCAUAUCCCAACAUGAUUGACCAAAUUGUGCACUCUUUAAAAUACUGCAACAUGCUCAUGCUCGAUACGCUACUUUUCUUCGCUAUCCGACAGUUCUCCGAUACAAAACCAAAGCUCAAAGAGGAUGGUCAAAACAUAUCGCGUUGGUUUUCUGCGCUUUGUACUUUUUGCGGUGCAUUGUAUCGGAGAUAUCACCACAUCGAGCUCAGCAGCCUUCUGCAAUAUAUUUUAAAAAGUGUGAACAGAGGGCAAGUGUUGAAUUUGUUGAUACUGAAAGAGCUUGUAUCGAAAUUGACUCGUAUCGAUAUCCUCAGGGAUAUGAGCAUGAGCGAAGUUCAUAGAGCUGCGACAGGAGAACUAUUCCGAAACUACAGUGACCAUGCAGGUAGUCAGAAAGGGCCAGCUUAUGGCAUCAUGAGGUUGAAAAUAGCAUUAGAAAAUGGUCACCAUACGAUCCCGCUAUUGCUUACUGUAGCCAAGUGUCGCCAAGAGGUGGCACUCAAGACUCAAAGCUCACAGACCAAAUUCAUCAGUCAACUUUCUGAUGAGUGCCACGUGAUUCUGCUUCAAUACAUAUCGUUCAUACAGCAAGCGUAUACCACACACGAAUACAGGAAAAUGUUACCCAGCUUCAAGAGUCUUGUCUUGGAGCACAAGAUUGAUACAUCGAUCGCGUUUCACGUUUAUCGUCCAGUUCUUUUGCAAGUUAUUCCGUCCGUUGAGUUCAAAGGAGACUCAGUUUGUAUAGAUGAAGAUCUCCAGUACUGGGGUGAAGUUACAAAAGCUGUCCAGGCCACGUGCUCACCAUUGUUUUGGGAAAUUAUUUCUCCAGAGCUUUAUAUGGCUUUUUGGACAUUCGAUAUUCAAAGUAUAUAUGUGCCAAAGCACUUGUAUGCAAAGUUAGGAGCUGAGGCGUCUGUCGAUAGUUCACUCACAACGGAAAGCACGCGCAUGGAACAAAAAUGUUCAUCUUUACAUGAUGCGGCCGGCCAACGAGUCCGUGAUUUAGCCGCUGAACUGAAAUCUUUGCUCUUACACUAUGCAGACAUCCGAAAAUACUUGCAGGAGAAUAUGUCGAGAUGGGUAGUGAGUAGAAACAGAACGGCUGUUGUUGUUUUCGUGCUGCAAAAUCUUGUUUUCCUAAGAUCUAAAGUAUCUCAUGCAGACGCUUUGUACAGCGCAGUCUUCGUCGACCUCAUAGGUCGACACGAUUCGCCAGGUUUCAGUAUUCUUCAUUUUUAUGAUCGUUUACUAUUGAGUGCUUCACAGUCCAUUUAUGCUUGCAGCGAACUAGAAAGCAAGUUCUUCGCAAUUUUCAUGGUACAUAGUUUUGAAGUCCUCUCACGCUGGAGGUCAAAAGAUGUGUAUGAACGAGAGUGCUGGUCUCUUCAAGAGUUUCGCUCAUCGUUGAGCAGUAAAAGCUGUGAAGAUAGCUUCCGAGACUUUUUGAAGGUUCUGUACAAGUGGGAACAUCGCCUUACGAAGGGCAUGUUGCAAAAUCUGGAUGAAACGGACUACAUGCAGAUUGCAAAUUCGUUCAGCGUUUUAAUUAUGGUGGUGAGUGAUUUCCCCAUCACCAAACGGCUGGCCGAACACAUUCACAGGCGAGUCAAGAAAAUUAAUACUACCGAUCGGCGAGGGGAUAUCGUGACAAUUUCGACUCGAUAUUUAUCGUUAUUGAAUACUACACGACGGAAAUGGAUAUCGACACCAUAUAUUGACGGAGAGAGGCAUGGGCCCUGA